AUGACAAGGAAGGCAGUGAAAGGAAGUGUGAUAAUAAACCUCCUGGCAGAGAAUCCUAUUGAUGAUUAUGAGGCUUUGGACUUUGAAUUCCUUGAUAAGCAUAUCAAUGAGAUAAGUGAGGAAAUUGAGGGGCAUAGUGAUGUGUGGAAGAUGUAUUUUGACAGGGCAAUUAACCUUUCUUGUAAUGGGAUUGGAGCAGUACUAGUGUCUCCAAAUGGGAAACAUUUUUCGGUAGCAGUAAAGUUGAGAUUCGAAUGCACCAAUAACGUUGCAAAAUACGAAGCCUGUAUGAGCAGUUUGCAAGCAGCUAUUGAAAUGAAAAUAAAGAAAUUGAAAGUAUAUGGAGACUCAGCCUUGAUAAUCUACCAAGUAAAGGGAGAAUGGCAAACCAAGGACCCAAAACUAGUCCCACAUCAGAAGUACCUCCUAGAAUUGAUCCAAAAGUUUGAAGAAAUCUCCUUUACUCACCUGGGCCGUGACAAAAACUAG